AUGGCAGCAACAAGGUCUCAGCUUUGCAUGUUGUUGGUUGUGGUGUUAUUCACCUCAACAACAGUACUGGGUCAGCACACCCCAUGUAUCAUUGCUGAAACAAACUGUGCAACGAACAAUGACUGUGAUGCUGCGUGCAAAUUGAAGGUACCCAAAAACUUGUACUGUGCUGGUUUUAAUAUUUGCGACGAUGGACACCCGGAACAUCAUUUCUGCUGUUGUCGCCAAAUUCCGCACUGUCCUAAUCAGCCAUUUGAGAGAAACAUUAGGGCUUAA